UUAUCCAUUGUAACUGUGAGAGAACUACUGCUCUCAGCAUGACCUGGACUGUCAGUGCAUGCUGGGAGGCGUUGUUCUACACCAGGAAGGGAUUGUAACGCAUGCAGUAUGACAGCGCCUUCAGCUCCACUAAACUGCAGAACUGGAACGUCCCCAAACCCUACAAGGAGAGGCCAUCGACCCAUGAUGGGUUCACACAGUUCAUUUCCAACAACAGAGGGCACCUGCUUCCGGGGGUCCCGAGGUCAAAGACCAGUCCAUGGGGGACGUACAUCGGCACCUGGGAUAUGCCCUCGAAGAUCCCCCCUACCCGAGUGAGCCUUACGUCCCGCUCCGCCGUCGCCUCGAGACGUCUCACGGAAUGGAUCCAGAAAUCAGAGUCGCUUGUUACCGCCUGCAACGGACUGCGACCAGAUGUCACUGGGAAGGUUUCCCAUCAGAAAGAAGAUCAUCCCCAGGAGCAGAGUCGAGGCCCUCGUCAGAGGAGCGACAGCCCCCAAGGAGGUGCCCGUCAUGGUGGCUGGAGCAGCCGUCAAAACGAGCAGAGGGACCAUGACCGCGGCAGUGGCAGAGCUCUGCAGGAAGAGCCAGAGAUAGACACGUGAUC